GUUGACAACUUCUUAGAGGGACUAUCGGUGUUUAACCGAUGGAAGUUUGAGGCAAUAACAGGCAUGGGUAAUCUUUUGAAACUUUAUCGUGCUGGGGAUAGAGCAUUGCAAUUAUCGCUCUUCAACGAGGAAUCCCUAGUAAGC